UCCGGUUAAUAACACUAAUUGUGUGCUGUCAAAACAUAAAAAGUUUAUUGUAUAAAUAUAUUCGAUAUAAUUUAACAUGAUCAUAAAAAUCAGUUGUGAGAAGAUAAAUUUAAUUGCAUAAUGGAACAGGAGAUGACGUUGUCAAACGUUUAAAUUCAUAGGAAAUCUCUAAAAUAGCAUUUCAGUAAAACGUCUCAGCCAUUUUGAUGUGAUUCGUUGUUCAGCGUGGACGUUCCUUUACUGCUGCAAUGGCCACCAUGCCAAUGGAAGUGGAGGCCAGGCCAAAGAUGUUCAUUGGGACGAGGGACUCGAGGCCUGCCUUUAGACACCCCCAUCACACUAAUAAGGCAUUUGAUUACCUUAAUGUCAUGAGAAAACAAAAUGUCAUGUGUGAUGUUGUCCUGGUGGCAGACUCAAUAGAGAUUCCCUGUCAUAAAGUUGUCCUGUGUGCCUGCAGCCAGUAUUUCUACGCCAUGUUCACUGGCGAUCUUGCUGAGGCAAAAGCCAAUCGGAUUAUUUUACAAGAAAUAGACUCUUCAGCACUGGUGCUAUUAAUAGACUUUGUUUACACAUCAGAAAUACAGGUUACUGAAGAAAAUGUGCAGACAUUGCUGCCAGCAGCCAAUAUCCUACAGAUGACAGAAGUGCGAGAUGCGUGUUGUGAUUUUCUUCAGUCACAGUUGCAUCCCUCAAACGCCCUCGGAAUCAAGGCUUUCGCUGAUCUUCAUGCUUGUUCAGAUCUCUUUUCGUACGCCAAUACAUACUGUGAGCAGCAUUUCACGGAAUUGUUCCGCUAUGACGAGUUCCUAUCACUGCCAGUGGAAAGUGUGAGCAAACUCAUAUGUAGUGACCGACUCACUGUCACCUCGGAAGAACAGGUGUUUGAGGCGGUGUUGUCAUGGGUGAACCACGACCGCAGCAGCCGACAGGAAGUGGUCUCGCAACUCAUGGAGAAUGUCCGUCUGCCGCUGAUGUCCCAGGAAUAUCUCGUUCAGCACGUGGAAGAGGAGCCCCUCGUGAAGACAAACAGUCGCUGCAAGGACUUCCUGAUAGAGGCUAUGAAGUUUCAUCUGCUGAAGGGAGAGCAGAAGGCGAUAUUCCAGACACCACGAACCAUACCAAGAACUCCUCUUGGGUUACCUAAGGUGAUGCUUGUGAUAGGAGGACAGGCCCCAAAAGCAAUACGCAGCGUGGAGUGUUUUGAUUUCAAGGAAGACCGCUGGUACCAGCUUGCAGAAAUGCCGUCAAGGAGAUGUCGAUGUGGCGUUGCGGUGAUCAACGGUAUGGUGUAUGCUGUCGGUGGUUUCAAUGGGUCCCUGCGUGUGCGUACAGUGGACAUGUACAACCCCCUGAAGGACCUCUGGACAAGCUGCCCUAACAUGGAGGCACGACGAAGCACCCUGGGGGUAGCUGUUCUCAAUGACCUCAUAUACGCUGUCGGGGGAUUUGAUGGCUCAUCAGGUCUCAACUCUGCUGAGUGUUUUGAUGUUCGGACGGGAGAGUGGCGUCUAAUUGCCAAUAUGAGCACUCGCAGAAGCAGUGUAGGGGUGGGAGUACUCAACGGGUAUGUCUAUGCAGUGGGUGGAUACGAUGGUGCCUCUAGACAGUGUCUCAGCUCCGUAGAGCGCUAUAACCCUGUGGAUGAUGUCUGGACCAUAGUGGCUGAGAUGUCAUGCAGGCGCAGUGGUGCUGGUGUUGGAGUGAUAGACGGAGUGCUGUAUGCAGUAGGGGGUCAUGAUGGACCACUGGUACGGAACUCUGUGGAGAUGUACAACCCCGAGACCAACAUCUGGACGCCACUGGCCGACAUGCACAGCUGUCGGAGGAAUGCAGGUGUUGUGUCUAAUAUUGGAUUGAUGUAUGUAGUGGGUGGGGACGAUGGAUCUUCCAAUCUUGGGUCAGUGGAGUGCUAUGACCCCAAAGCAAACGUAUGGACCUUGCUGCCCUCCAGCAUGAUGACAGGAAGGAGCUAUGCUGGGGUCACAGUUAUAGACCGGCCAUCAUAUUAAAUGGCAUAUGGUUUCUACUAAUAUUAAAAUAUCUUUGAGCAUUAAGUCAAGAUGAAUCCGUCUGUUGUACAUGUGAUGAUGAGGAGACAGACUUAGCAGAGUCUUGACAUUUCAGUUUUUCUUGUGAAGAUGAACCAAAGAAACUACACACCAGCAAACAGAACGUACACCUGUUAUUCGUACUGUCAUCUUAGCGUAAACAUGGUUUUGUUCUUUAUCAAAACCAGGGGCUGCCACUCAGUUCUUCAUUACUAAAGUCUUCAUGAUUUUUAUUCUAAACUUUUUCAAACCCUUUAUGCAUUUACAGAUGUUUAAUUAAAAUUAUUAUUGAACUUGUCAGAAAGGUAUGAUCAACCUUCUCAUGUGAUCAUUAUGGCCCUCUUGCUUGGAGAAAACAUGUACAACUUAAAAGGUAUAAUGAUACAGGACAUUUAGAUUGUUUAAUGCAUUUUUAUUUGCAACUGUUUGGGUAAAUGUCAUGCACGCAUACAUUAUCAGUGAAUGCUUUCUUGAAACUGAUUAGCUUAAUUACUCUAUGUUUUCGAACACUAUAAGUUUUCGGAUACCCCUUUUUUUAGCAAAAAAAAAUAUUUUUCGUGACUUAAUUUUUGGACACACGAGUUUUUGUCCAUAAUUAAUGUCUCUAAGUUUUCGGACAGUAUAUUUUACAGCGCUAUUUUACCAAAUUUCAGUCCUGAUUUCGAUAUCUAAUGACACUUCGAUCAUGGGGUUUUAAAACCAGAUUAUUAUCAUAAAACAUGGUAGGUGCAUGCCUGAGGGCAACGGAACAUUACAUUUGCGUUAUUGGGUAAAUAACCUUGUAAACCGGUAUAAAACAAUGGUUUCGCCCGAUAGCAUAAGCGUUAUGACAAUUACCAGAGGUAGUGCCAAUUACCGGUAACAGUUCAAUUAUCUACCGCAAUGGCACUACCCCUUCUCAGUAAAAUAACUGUGACAAAUACUAAACGCUUCAAAGUGUGAUGCACCCUAUUGCAAGUUUUAUGAACAAUGGAAGGUGUUAGACAACAACUAUCAGAUAUGAACAAACAAAGAAUUCAUAGUUUGCUUUUUUAUUGCGUUAAUUACAGGUUCAUACUAGCGAGUAUCGGUACAUCACAUGCUCAUCUUUGAAUUCGUUGGUCAAAGUACAACCUUGUAGUAACUUUCUGUCAAAUAAAUUAAGCAUUUAAAAUUAAAUUAUUUAAAAUGCAGUGAUUUAUACUACACGGCAUGGUAUUUUACAAGCGCAUGCUAUUUCUGGUAGUCGGUGAUACAAUUGACGCUAUUUUCGGACACUUCAGUUUUCGACUCUAAGUUUUCGGACACCUGUAUUUUGUGAAUUUUUUUUGUAUCUAAGUUUUUGGACACAAAAAAAUAAUUAUUUGUAAGUGUCCGAAAACAUAGAGUAAUUACGGUACCCUGUAUAGGGUAAUUUCCUCAGAAAUCAUGUUGUUAGAAAGAUAUAUUAUUGUAUUGUCAUUUUUGUACAUGUAUCAGAGAAGACUUAUUUUCUGUAUUGUCUGUGAUACUGAAUUCUAAACUGUUCUUUUAACUGUUUCCAAUCAAACAUGACAAUUUGCCAAUAUAUAGCCAUUUACGUCUCAACAGCACCCAGCUAUGGGUUAUUGAUACAUUACAAUUCAUUGAUAACCACAUAUACAUGAACUUUGCAAGCGUGUCAAAGAACUCUCUUGUUUGUUAAUUUAUGUGAAAUUUUUAUAACAUUAUUUUUGAGUUCAUUAAUUAAAUAAAUCAGUAGAUUGUUGCUUGCCAGUGAUCAAUCCAAUCUAGAAUAUCUUUACCCAUACGGUUCAGUCAAUUUUUUGUCACAGAUUCAAAAGAACAAAGUUUAUCAUAGAGCAACAUAAUAGAUUGUCUCAUACUGGAGAUACAGUUUUGUCAAUGAAUCAUAUUGAAAGUCUUAAAAUGAUCAACUGUUACAAAGCAAGGCUAUUGAAUAUCAUUUAAUGUGUUUUUUUCUGAAGUUUUUUUUUGUUACAUGUGGAUAAAUUAUCAAAUGCAUUCACAUAUAUAACAGUCUGGAUGGAAAAGUGGACAUGAUGAUAUCCAUUUAACACAAAUGACAAUUGUUUGUGCUCAUCUAGCGACAAGCAUUUAUUAUUUUCUAGUUCUAUACAUGUAACCAUUACCUUGUAUGGAGCUGUAUAGUUCCACAGCUAAAGUCUAACGUCUGGCAAUUUGAGGAAUGUACUGCCAUAAAAUGCUCCAAUCUGUUAACUCUUCCAGUGCUGGAACCGAAUUUUGAAGGCCUUUGGAAACAGUUUGGAGCCAGAUGAGACGCCUCAGAACGUGGCGUCUCAUCAGGAUCCAAACUGUUUGCUAUUCUGAUAGUAUUCUUUGAAAAAAUCGAAGAAAAUGCUUAUUUUAGAAAUUCAGCAGACAACAUUUAAGCAGACGACACAUUUCCCAACAUGCAAAAGGUUUACAAGCCCCUUUAAGCUGUUAAUAAUAUUUCCUCAGUAUAUAAACAUAUAUAACCUAUAUGUGUCUUGUUCUGAGAAAACUGGGCAUAAUGCAUGUGCUUAAGGUGUUGUCCCAGAUUAGCCUGUGCAGUCCCCACAGGCUAAUCAGGGACGACACUUUCCGCUUUUAUGGUAUUUUUAGUUCAAUGAAGUUCCUCCUUACCGAAAAUCAAGUUCAGGCGAAAACUGUCAUCCCUUAUUAGCCUGUGCGGACUGCACAGGCUAAUCUGGGACGACACUUUACGCACAUGCGUUAUGCCCAGUUUUCUCAGAACGCCACUCAUAUAUGACACAUAUUAUUGUUGAAUAUUUGACACUAAUCAUGAUUUUAUAUUUUAUGACUGUGCUACCUGAAGGUUACAUUGUUGUAUUUAUAAUUAUGUUGUGAACAAUAUUUAUACAAUAGUGUCAGUAAUUUCAUUAUCAAUUCAACAGUGUAAUAAUGCUCCUCAUUUGCUGUGUGUUUUUUUAGUGAAACAUUUAACUAUGUCUUUGUUUGAUAGAAUAGCAUUUGUGCAUGAUAUACUUUUAUGUUUAUGUUAAUUAUUUUAGCAAGGUCUCGCUUGAAAUAUUUGCAAUAGACUUAAUGUCACUAUUUUGUUAAAUAAAUUAAUGAUAAACAAG